GUAACCGGAUGUAUUCAGCAGCUGAUGAUCCAACAUGGAGGAGAAGUCAUCGGGACCCGGGGACAGAACCGGGACCGCGGCUGAGAAGCUGCGGCUCCUCCGGCAACAGGAGCUGGAGCUCUGGAGGAAGAACGCGCCGCGGCUCCGGAGAAGGAACCUGAUCACCGGCCUGGGCAUCGGAGCCUUCGUGGUGGGGAUGUUCACUUACACCAUCCUGUCGGUGAAGCAGGAGAGAAUCGUGGAGGAGCUGGAUGAAGAGUCCAGGAUCCGGAUCUACCGAGGACCUCGUACUGGAGCCAACUCCUGAGCUGCUGGGGAUCAGCACCUGUGACAUCACAGCCACUCUAACUUAUUUAACAAGGACGAACUCACUAUGUUUCUUUUCUGUUUGGGUUUCAUAAAACUCACAAAUGAAAUCAA